AUGGCCGAGACACCCGUACUAUUCCUUGAUGGCGGCUUAGGCACGACUCUUGAGGACAGGUACAAAGUGAGCUUCACCGAAGCCACACCUUUAUGGUCAUCUCAUCUCCUACUCUCAGAUCGUGGCCGUGAGACUCUGAGUUCAUGCCAGCGCGACUUUGCUCGUGUUCCUGUUGACAUCCUGCUCACUGCUACCUAUCAAGUCUCAAGAGAGGGCUUUGGACGCACGCGAACAGACGCUUGCCCGCUUGGUGUCAACGUUACCGAUAUCCCCGGAUAUCUCGAUGUCGCAGUGGCCAUUGCCGAGCAAGUCAAGCAACCAAACACCAAGAUUGCUCUGAGCCUGGGCCCGUAUGGUGCCGUCAUGACGCCUAGCCAGGAGUACACUGCCCAGUACGACGACGACCACAGCUCCGUCGACAAGCUGUAUAAAUGGCAUGCGGAUCGUAUGAGCUUGUUUACGAGCAUUCCUCGACUUGGUAGCCGAAUUAAUUUUAUUGCAUUUGAGACCGUCCCCAAGCUUGAUGAAAUACUCGCCAUCCGGCGACUUACUACGCUCUUCAUGUCACAGUCGGCCGACGCGGCCGCUCCUGAUGUACUGAAGCGGAUUCCGUACUGGAUAUCGUGCGUAUAUCCGGGGGGUGCCCGAUCUCUUCCAGACGGCAGUAGUAUUAGUCAAGCUAUUCGGGGCCUGCUAAGUUUAGAAUACUCCAAGGAUCCUCCGUGGGGUAUAGGUAUCAACUGUACGAAAAUAGCCGAGCUUCCUAGCUUGGUCAGAGAAUAUGAAAUGGGCGUAAGACUUCUAGAAAAGGACAACCAACUCGGCUCUUGGCCAUCCUUACUCCUAUAUCCGGAUGGAACAAACGGUGAGGUUUACGACACUACGACAAAGACAUGGAAGAUGCCCAUAGGGCUGACGGAAACUAGCCAGGAGUCUUCAUGGGAGCAACAACUGGCAGAAGUUGUCAUUCAAGCACAAAAUCGUGGUUGCUGGCGCAGUAUCGUAGUGGGCGGAUGCUGCAAGGCAGCCCCAAUGAACAUAUCCAGGCUUCGUGCCCAAGUCCUCCACCAUUCCUGA